CCAAAUACCAGGCGGCGCUUCCUGCCCCAGUGACACCGGGGCGCGUUGGGGACGGUGCUGCGCCGCGACACCACUGUUCAGGAGUUGAAGGGAUCUGGAGAAGAAAUGACAGCUGCAUACACCACUGUUCCUUUCCUUUAUUUGAGAGCCUGACAAGAACUCUACCAAAAGUAACUAACCGUUUUUGGCUUUGUGUAAAAUCAGCCGUCUUGUUGUUGUUUAGGAGUGAGUGCUUCAGAAAGAAUAGCAUCAUGUACACAUUCCUGCCUGAAAGCUUCAACCCGGUGAAGCCGAAGCCGUCCAAGGAGCUGAAGCCAAUGAUCGGUGCAGUACUUGUCGGGCUCAUCUUGUUCAUUUCGGCAGUGGUGGCAUGGUGCUACUACACGGCGUCUCUCAGGAAGGCGGAGCGGCUAAAGACGGAAUUAAUGGACCUGAGGAAGGAUGGGUUCAUCAUCAAAAACCACAAUGGGGAGGUGGUCUUCAGACUGGCCUUCCAGUCAGGCACCCUCGACCUGGAGUCCUGCUCGAAAGAAGGGGAAAUUUUAACCUGCACCAGGUCGGACAGAGGGAAGCUGAAUUUCUUCAUUCAGACGGUCAAGCCCAAGGACACGGUGAUGUGCUACCGUGUCCGCUGGGAGGAGUUUGUGGUGGACACUGUGGUCGAGCACACCAUGUUUUGGGAGGACGCUCACUGGUACGGGGGCUGUGAAAUGAGCGUCCAGCACUGGCCAAUCAGACUCCCAGGGUACCAGGAGCCCAUGCCCUUUGUGACGAGCGACGUGUAUUCCUUCCGGGGCAGCUUUGGAGGCAUCUUGGAAAGGUACUGGCUGUCCUCGAAAGCGGCGGCUAUAAAGAUCAACGACUCGGUGCCCUUCCACCUGGGGUUUAACGCCAGUGAACGGUCGCUCUUUUUUCAAGCCAGGUAUAAGGAUUCUCCCUACAAACCUCCCCUUGGGCAGCAGCCUUUCCCGGAGCUGAGCUACCGUGUCUGCGUUGGCUCGGAUGUGACCUCCAUUCACAAAUACAUGGUGCGCAGGUACUUUAACAAGCCUUCUAAGAUCCCAUCAGAAAACGCCUUCCGGUACCCCAUCUGGUCUACAUGGGCUCUGUACAAAAAUGAUAUUGACCAGGAUAAGCUGUUGCGUUUUGCAGAAAAGAUUAAAAAGUACCGGUUUAAUUGCAGCCAUAUUGAAAUCGACGACACCUACACACAGACUUAUGGCGACUUCGACUUUGAUCCGGUAAAGUUCCCUAAUGUGACAGAAAUGUUCAAAACGCUGAAAGAAGAAGGAUUUAAAGUUACCCUGUGGACACAUCCCUUUAUAAACUACAAUUCCUCCAAUUUUGGAGUGGGGAUAGAGCGGCAGCUCUUUAUCAAGGAGCCGACGGGGAAACUGCCCGCGAUGGUGAAGUGGUGGAACGGCAUUGGCGCCAUAUUGGAUUUUACCAAUCCCACGGCCAGGGAGUGGUUUCAGAGCCACCUGAAACAACUGCGGUCGAAGUACGGCAUAGCGUCCUUUAAAUUUGACGCUGGUGAGGUAAGCUACCUUCCAAAGCAGUUCAGCACCUUCAGGCCCUUGUCGGAUCCCAGCAUCUGGUCCAGACGGUACACGGAAAUGGCCAUUCCGUUCUACGAGCUCGCCGAAGUCAGGGUCGGCUACCAGUCCCAAAACAUCUCCUGCUUCUUCCGCAUCAUCGACCGCGACUCGGUUUGGGGAUAUGAGCUUGGCCUCAAGUCCCUGAUCCCUACUGUGCUCACCAUUAGCAUGCUGGGAUACCCUUUCAUUUCAGCUGACAUGAUUGGUGGGAAUAUUUUCCCCAACAAGACAGAAGGUGCUGUUGAAAUCCCGGACCAGGAGCUGUACAUCCGCUGGCUGGAGCUGUCAGCCUUCAUGCCCUCCAUGCAGUUCUCCAUUCCCCCCUGGCUCUAUGACAAGGAAGUGAUUGAGAUUGCACAGAAGUUCACAGAGCUGCAUGAGUCCCUGGUUGCCCCUCUCCUGUUGGAGCUGGCUGGAGAGGUCACCGACACGGGAGACCCCAUCAUACGGCCCAUCUGGUGGAUUUCUCCCAGUGAUGAAUUCGCUCACAAGAUCGACUCCCAGUUCCUCAUUGGGGACACCCUCAUGGUGGCCCCUGUCCUAGAGCUGGGCAAGCAAGAGCGAGAUGUGUACCUCCCGGCCGGCAAAUGGCGCAGUUACAAAGGGGAGCUGUUUGAGAAGACCCCAGUCCUGUUAACAGACUAUCCCGUUGACUUGGACGAAGUUGCUUAUUUCCUCUGGGUAUCUUAACAGACUCCUCCAUCCGCUCUAAUCUUUGUGAUAACCAUGCCUUACUUUAGGAACUUAAAACAAAUAACAAUUCUAAAUGCACAGUACACUUCUUUCGGGGAGGGGGGGGUGCUGGAGGGGAAUGGGAAAUUAACAGGACUUUGUUUGUUUUUUAAAUACCCUAUAUCUUGUCCAUAAGAGACGCUCCAGUUUGGGCUGUGGUAUAUAUAAAUGCAGAAGGUAUAAUAGCAUCACAAGAUGCAUACAGGAAGGCAAGGCCUUUUCAAAUCUCUGAGCUCAAGAGGUAAAAGCAACCCUCGGUUUUUAGCUGUGCAGCACGUGUUGUUGUUUUUUUAUUAUUAUUAUUAUUUUAUUUCUCCUUUAGAAACGUGGCCCCUGGGGGGCCUACAAUAUUUGCCAUAGACCCCCCCUCUUCUAGGUGCAGCCUCUGAAUCCAAAUCCCAUAGUGCAAUGCUCCAUCUUGAUCUCAAUGAAAGGCUGCGUGCGUCAACAGGGAGCAGUGCCUGCUGGGGCCUGUAGUUUCUGGGCCACGCCUCUCCCCAAAGCAGGUGCAGCUGCAAUCUGCUGUUUUAAUGCAAAUGAAAUGCAGUCUUGGAGUUGUUGCAAGUUGCCAAGAUGCUCUGCAGCUGAACAAAGGGAGGACCGCCCUGAUCCCAGGGGUGAAGGGAACAAGGAAUGACUCGAACACGGGAAGCAAUGGGUUACUACAGCACAACCAGCCUUACAUUUUAUAAUGUGGCAAAUAUUAUUUUAAAAUGACUUUUUUAAGAGGAUAAAUCUAGCUAUAUAUUUGAUUCCUUAGUCCAGCAUUGGACUGGACCUCAAAUGCCCAACCCCCCCAUCUCUCUCGAGUACCAGGCUGGCCAGGCUAUUCGACUUACCUGCAAGUAUUUUAACUGUAUGUUACUUACCUGGGCAGGCUGCAUUAUUCCGUCCUAGCCUGUUUCUAAUAUCUCCUGGAAGGGUCUCCUCCUAGAGCACUGACUGUGCUGUUAACACUAUUCCCCAUCGAGCAACAAUAUUUGUACUGUGUAUUUUCUUUCAAGGGAGUACAAUGGAUUUCUUUGUUACAUACCUACCCUGCAGAUACUUCUCUUUCCCCUUUGAAAGAUGUGCUUGCAGCUUGGUUAUUUGUCAGAGGAAUUGCCAGAAGCAAAAUAACCUCUCAAAAGGUGCAUGUGACACUCCCCAGAGACUGCAGGUGCCUGCCCGCCGCGCACAAACGGAUCCACCAGGUUUGCUGCCGACCAACGUCUCAAUAUGAAAAGCAAUGACGUUUGCACUGAACAGGGCUGUGCCGAUGGGGCUUUUUCAUCCUUUCCAAGGAAACGUUAUGGUAUUCAUAGUCCAAUUAAGCUAGUAUUGCAUGGCAGCCUCUUUUAACUGUCUCAAUUUUGUCUAAAGUUUCUUGGGCCAGUUUUUCUUUGUUUGUUGCUAUUUUUAAAAAGCCCAACGCUCACUAGCUCUCACGUAGGCAUCUAAAUGAAGUGGCUCAGUGGAAGCCGUUGAGUGAAAACUGGGCCCCAUGUAAUUUACUGUCAUGCUAGAAGUAGGAAAUCUGAAGUUUUGGCCCGAAGGUAAAAUGCAAUUCUAACCUACCUGUGAGUGUGUGUUACCCAUUGUCCUCUGCACCUGAGCCAUAGAGGAUGUGUCUCUACCGCUGCCCCUCCUACGAAGCCAAUCUCUCUAUCUCAAGCUGCAGAGACUUGUGGUGUUAGCUCCGGAAGUCCCCGGUUCAGUGCCUGGGGUUGGCUGAGAUAGCAGUCACUGUCGUCCUAGGGGCUUGAUCUUUUGCACCAUUGAAGUCAAUGGGAGUGAUGCCUCUGAGUUCAUUCUUAGCAGGAUUUGGCCCUGGGACUGCAAGGCAAGGAUAGAGCUGAGUUGCUGCUGGUGAAUUCCAGCAGCCCCCCAGUUCUAGUCUCCUAUCAAGGAAGAUGCAGGUGCAAGCGAAUGCCGUGUGCUCUGUCUCUAAUUCAAGUGGUUUGAGCUUAAAUGUGCAAAGUAGGUGCUCGGCCUGAGCUCAUCCUGAAGGCUACAUUAGCAACUUGCUCUUGCAAAGUUUGGAUGCCCCAGGUUAGACCCACUCCUUCAUGGUGCGACUUGAAAUGUAACAAACUGAUUUAAGCACUGAAAAUAUGUCAAGACUGUGUCUUGGAGGACUCCUGACUGUGCCUCAUUUUCAACUCUUGUGGGGUUUUUUCCUUUGGUUAGAUGUAUUCAUAGUUUUGGGGAAAGAUUCUUGGGAGGGCGGCUUUGCUACAGCCUCUGGAUAAGAUCAGAGAUCCUGAGUACAGGGCAAAUUGACCACAGCAGCCUUGCACCAUUAAAAUUUUGGCAUCUGCUAGCAUGGGGUUUUGCUAUAUUGACUGGUGAAAUGAGCCAACCCUCCCUUUAUCCGAGAGGACUGACAGACAUGACAGUGCCCCUACAAAACAGCUGUCUCAGGUGCAGAAAAGCUGGGGUAUGGGUGCAGGAGGCAAUCCUAAAGAGGGAGAACAUGCCUGGCUCUGCUUUCAGUGUGAGCUUGAAGACUUCAGCUGCACAAAUCUCUGUUCCAGAGGUUCCAGUUGGCCGGGGAACUCUUCAAUGAAAAGUUCUCAUGGGUGGUGGCAGGAAACAUUUGAACCUCUCCAUAAGAUUGUUGCACUUUUUGUUUCCUGCCACUGUUGAAGCAACGGGGUUGCAGAAAUGCAACAGAAGGUAGAACCCAGGCCUCUGUGUCAUUGGAUACCUGAAUUAACCACAGGCUGCUCCCAAAGGUAGAACACCCAGAAUUAACUAGCAGCUGGAAUUCCAGGGUGCUUUGUAACUGCCUCUUCGUUGUGUAGAGGUAGACUAGGGAGUGAGAAUGUGAGCAAUAGUAUGUCAAGUCUCUGUUUAAUGGAACUGGAUCCUUGUGGUUGUGCAAAGACGGUAUGAGAUGCUUAAUUGGGCCACUGUUGUGAAGGCUACAAAGGAACUUAACCAGAAAACUCAUCACGGCUUAGAUACAUCCAAGUUUCCUAUAGACACAUCCUCCCCUUCAAAGGAAAGAAUUUUAUUAUUGAAAGCUGAACUAUUUAAUUUAACUGUUUAGGAAGAAACGUUAGUAACGUGAGCAUCCUUAUUUCUCCACCAAAUGCCACAGCGGCUGGGAGACAAAGUGAAACAGCUGCUAGGAAACUACAGAAGAAAUGGUUAAACCUGUGUCGCACGCAGCUGGACCGCAGCACAAAUACGUCCCCAGGUUCUGUGGCAACCUCCGUCCUGUGCAAAACUGGUGUU